AUACAAAAUACAAAUCCGUUGUCAAAAACAAUAAUUUUUAUGCACUACAUGACAAAUUUUAUUUUAUAUGUCAUGAUCCACUAAUGUACUAACGUUUUUACAGUAGUUUUGUUGCCAUAAAUAAUGAAUAAAAUCAACACGGAAUUCUAGAGUACCUACCUAUCAUCAACACAAAUAGGAACAUCAAUCGUGCGGCAUCAUGGAAUCCUCCAGUAGUAAAAAGUAUGGAUUAAUCGUUCCUAAAAAACUGUCAGACCUACCGAAGAAGAUUACUAAUGUGUUUGGCGAUGAUAGUGAUUCUGAAAAUGAAACCUCAAAAAAACGCAUUCAAACUAACAAUCAAACUAAAGCUCAGCAAAGAAGUGCCAAAUUAUCAAUUGACAAAGCGCUGAAAGAAGAUGCAACAGUUUUUCAGUACGAUGAAGUUUAUGAUGACAUGGAGAAAAAAAAAGAACAUAACAACGAAAAGAAGAAAAAUGUUAAGCCACGAUAUAUACAAAAUUUAUUAGUCCAAGCUGAGAAACGCAAGGUCGAAUAUGAACGCAGAAAUGAAAGGUUAAUUCAAAAAGAAAGAGAAGCCGAAGGAGACGAAUUUAAAGACAAAGAAGCGUUUGUCACUGCUUCAUACAAGGCAAAACUGGAAGAGUUAAGAAAACUGGAUGAAGAAGAUUUAAAGUUUUCCAUGAUUGAAGACAUUAAUGAUGUAACAAAACAGAAAGACAUGGGUAGUUUUUAUAGACAUUUGUUUAAACAAGAAUUGUGCAAGAAUGAAAAUGAUAAAAUUGAUGAAGUGAAAAAGCCAACAAAGAAAUCUGAUGCAAGUCGCCAAUAUAGAAAGCGUGCUUCUUCAAACACUUCAGAUGACGAUAAUGCUAAUGAUGAUAAAGAUACUGACCUAUCGGACUCUGAUUCAUCAGUGGAUUCUAAGCGUAGAAAAAUCGAAAUUCAUGACUAUAAGAAAUCUGUUGGGGAAAAUGCAGAUGAGCCCGAAGUAAAAUUAAAAGAGUCAACUAUAGAAAUAGCUAAGGUUAAGAAUACAGCACCAAAUGAAGAACCAAAAACACCAGUAGAAGUAACUAAAGAGAUACCCAAGGACAAAAAAACUGAGAAAAAUGAAAGUAAACCAAAAGAAAUUAAGCCCAAAAUAAAUAUUUGGUUAAAGAGGACGGUUGGUAAUGUUUUUGAAGAAGCACGUCAAAGAUAUUUCCAAAGACAAAUUACUAAUUUACAAUGUGUUAGAACUUAGGAUUUAGAUAUUAUUUUUUUUUGUCAUUAAGAAUAUGCAUAAGAUAAUUAAUAAUAUAAAUAUAUUUCUUA